GUAUCACAGGAAAAGAUGACCUUACUGUGGGUGCAGUUACAAGUGGAAGAGUGAAUUUUUACCCCUGGACGAUAGAUAAUAAAUAUUAUUCUGCAGAUAUUCACCUCUGUGUAGUGCCAAACACCUUUCUUGUUACUGGAGAUAUUGCUGAAUCGGUCCAAGCAUUUGUUGUGUACUUCGACAGCACAAUAAAAACUGGACUUGACAGCGUCUCUGAAUGGCUCCCCCUCACAGAAGAGUGGUUACCAGAAGUCAUGAUCCUGGUUUGUAACAGAGUAUCUGAAAAUGGUGUUAACAGACAGAAAGCUCAAGAAUGGUGCAUCAAGCAUGGCUUUGAACUGGUAGAACUUAACCCAGAGGAACUGCCUGAUGAAGAUGAUGAUUUUCCAGAGUCCACAGGAGUGAAACGAAUUGUACAAGCCUUGAACGCCAACGUGUGGUCCAACGUAGUAAAAAACGACAGGACCCAGGGCUUUGGGCUUCUCAGCACGUUGGCAGGUGCGAACUGUAGCAUUGGGGCAGAAGAGAGCCGAGAUACAGAACCCGAUCCAGCAGCAGCAGACAGAGAAGAACCCCAUUUGGAUGACGGAGGAGCCGGCACAAACAGCCUGCAGGCUGACGACGCUGUAGAUCCCACGUUAGAUACGGACAUCCAGGAGUUGGCCAGCCUCACCACGAGGGACGGGGACCUGGAGAACUUCGAGAGGCUGUUUUCAAAGCUGAAAGAAAUGAAAGAUAAAGCUGCAACGUUGCCUCACGAGCAAAGAAAACUACACGCUGAGAAGGUGGCCAAAGCGUUCUGGAUGGCAAUUGGAGGAGACAGAGAUGAAAUCGAAGGUCUUUCUUCGGAUGAAGAAAACUAA